AAAGUCCUGCAUUUGAAUUCUUAUUCCAUCAGCGUAAUGAAAGCAAUAUAGUCCCAUUUACUAGGGUCGACGUAAAUACUGGUAGCAUUCUUUGUGUCUUAGAUCGUGGGUGGAGUACCUACGAUAAUGUUAUCAUCUCAAGAGUACAGCUAUCUGUGGAAAACAAAGUUAUCUCUUUUGAUGCUUAUCCUAAUUUCAUUGUGUUCAUCAUCGAUCCUUACAUCAACGAGAUUUUACAACUUAACAUCCGAACUUAG